GUGCGGACCCUGACAGUUGUGGAUUUGGCGGGCAGCGAGCGGGUGAGACGCACGCAGGCGCACGGGGCGCGGCUGGCCGAGGCUGGCAAAAUCAACACCAGUCCUGAUGACUCUGAAGAAAUGUCUUGACGUCAAGCGCUUCAAUGCGCAGCGGGCGCCUGGUGAGCCGCCGGCGCUGGUGCCGUACAAUGAGUCCAAGGUCACGCGGCUGCUGCAGCCGGCGCUUGAGGGCGGCGCCCGCACCGUCAUGGUUGUUUGUGUGGAUCCGUACGAUGCUGGCGAUACUGAUGUGGCCGCAGAGACCCGCAGUGUGCUGGAUUUUGCCCAGGUCGCCAGUGCUUUGGUCGCCCAUGUGCGGCGUGUCGAGGAUCCGCCUGAGGAGAAUGCCGGGGUGGAUGGGUCGAAGCGGGCAGCUGCACGUGACGCCGGUCCUUCGGCCAAGCGCGUGCGUGCCGAUCUGGGCGGCGCCUAUCGCGAUCCGUCCUCGGUACUCCCCAGCACUCCAGCGACGCCCAGCAGGCGGGCAGCCAAGCCUGUGGUUCCCAGUACACCCACAGGCGAGUGGCGGGCUAUGACACAGGGCGCUCAGUUUGGGUUUUCGCGAACCGACCCGCGCGAACUGGCAGCGCUGGUGGACUAUGCGGCGGCCCUGCAGACUGCAUACGACGGGCUGCGCUCAGAACACACUGCGGCAUUGGAGCGGCUGGCAAGUGUCGAGGCCGAGACGCGGCAGGAGGCGUGUGGGUUUUUCGUGGCACGGAUUUCCGAGCUGCAGAAUGCCUGGCGGCAGCGGCUAUCCGAGGAGGUGCGGCGCGGCGAGGCCAAGGCAGCACAUAAGCUGGAUAUCCUGUCGCGUGUGCGUGCCCCGCACAUGCCCAGCGCCGAGGAACUGGAGGACGCAUUGAGCGCAGCCAUUGGGCAGACCGACGCCGCGCAGACUGUCUCGCCACGCACAGCCUUGCGUCGGGCUGUCAGCCGCGCACAGAGCAAGCGGGCCAACAAAGUCACGUCGGUGUCGGCCGGCGAGAGUACCGAGAUCGUCCGCCUGCGCUCGCGCAUCGAUGCGUUGGACGCGCAGUGUGCGGCGCAGCGAGCACAACUGGACCUGGCUAACCAGGCACGGGCGGCCGAGCGCAUGGCACGUGAUGCGCUCCAGCACGCAUUGCAGGACGCGCGCGCCGACCACGCCCGCCAUCCAGCGCACGUGCAGGAGCGUGCAGAGCUCCUGGCGCAAGCCGCCAUGCUCAAGGGCCAACUGCGUGAUGCCGAAUCCCACGCAGCACGGGCGCGGCGGCAGUGGGAGACCCAGGAGCUCCUGCCGGUGCAGGAGCGCCUGCGCCAGCUGAUCAGUGCGCGCCAGGCCGUCACCGACGCCAUGCCCGACGAGCUUCUGCAGCACGCGUGUCGGGAGCGCGACGACGCGUUUGCGUGGUGGUCGCGCGAGCAGGAACGCAACUCGCAGCUGUCGGCCCAGAACGAUGUGCUGAUGCGCGAGAUCCGUCGCCUGCAGGCCCAGGUGCGCGGCAGCGAGCUUACAGAUGCGCUGCCGGCGUCGACGGGUCUGGAGACGCAGGUGAGGGCGUCGACGCCCAGCGACAGCGAGGACGGGUCAUUCUGCAAGGUGUCGCUGAAGUCCAUCAACUCCAUUGAGGCCAUCAACGGCGGCAAUCCGCUGGGCGCCCACGCCAUGCCUGAGCCCAAGCCCUCGGCGUUGCAGCGCCAUGUGCCGUCGCGUCAUUUCGCCUCCACCGAGUCCUUUGCCCCAAGCGACCAGUCGAUGCUGAGCAGCCGGUUCGAGCAAAAGGCCAAGCGCGUGGUGAGCCGCGUCUUCCAGCACUUGGCGCCCGAGUCGCGCCGCAACCGCAGCCAUUCCAUUCGUCGCCUUGGCAAUUACUCGGCUGAGGUGCUGUCUUUUGAGGGCGGCCUGCGCACCCUGGCUGAGGACGCACCCGGAAGCAUGUCGCAUGCCGAUUUGCGCCCGCCCAAGGUGCGCUCCGUCGUCUACUCCGGCCCUAUCGUUGCCCAGCCUACUGGUGGCGUCAGCGUCACCUUCACCAGCCAGGAGGUCCACGAUCUGCCUAUUGAUCCAGCGGUCGCCGGCAGUAUCUCCGACGCCGAACCGCCCAGCCCCCAGGGCUCCAAGCGCUCGCGCAAAUCCGAAAUCCCCCCAGAUGAUGUCCCAAUGGCCGACGAUGUCCCCAUGCCCACCGUCACCCGGACCCCCAGCAGCCGCCCGCCGUCUGGCAAGAAGAAGCGCAGGCUGCGCGCUAACCGCACCGUGCUGAGUGUUGACCCAGAGAACUCGGAUUUCGAGGACGACACUAUUUCCACCCUGAAUGCAAAAUCACCGGCGGUUGCCCGUCCGCCGCCCGCGCGCGCUGCUGCCGCCGCUGUCCCUGAAGAAAACAAGCAGCCGGUGCUCUACACCCCAAUUCGCGCCCGCUCGCGCAGUACCGCGCGCCAGUCCUCCAGCCACCACCACCUGCCCUCACCGCACGCCCAUCAUGACGACAACGACGACAAGAACGAGAGCUUCUUCCUCACCCCCAUGAAGAUGCUCAGCCGCCUGCGCAACAAGAAAAAAUAAACUGAACCUCAACUGCCCUACCCAGAA